AUGUCGCAGAGUGCAUGGAACCGUCAGCCCGCGACAUUAGAUCGGAUCUCUGCGGCUCAAGGGGUUUCUUUGAUUGCAGCCGGUACCUGCAGCAAUUCGUCCAUGAUUAAUGAAGCCUUUCGCAAGGCGCAUCCUCCCGCCGCGGAAACCCCUGAUACUAGUUUGGGCUCCGCAGAAACCUUGCUUCUUCUGGCGGUCGCAGAUCCAACCAUACAAAGCGCAUCAGGUGGACCUGGCACAUCCAGCAUGACUUCAGCGGACGGUACACCUAGCAACUCCGCUAUUUCGCGCUGGCUAGCAGCACAGAACAACGCGCCGCCUGCACCGCUCCUGAGUCCCGGGAAUGAGUUCCCGUUGCGCACACUGCCAUCGCUCCCUUCAGACAGCUCCCUGUCCGACAUAGACAGCGAGGACGGUGCCCCCGUCGCCCGCCCUGGAAACAUUGCCAAGCUCAUCCACCCCAAAGUGCCAUCGAUUAUGGAGAACGAGCCGGCCGCACUGAACCACGCCCGCAGAAGAUCCUCAUCGCUCGCCGGUGCCUCGGUGCCGCCCAAGACAGAACAGAAGAAACACAGGAGACGGCCGUCGGAGCACAUAGCCGAAGAAGGCGAAGAGGAGUGCUCGUCGGAUGCAGACCGCUCAGACUCGGAUUCAAGAAGCGACAGCACCGACUUUGAGCUCGACGACAUGAGUGCCGACGGACUUGAGGACGAUGAGGAGACGGGGCUGACCAAGAGGGACAGGCGAAGGAGACGGCGGAGAAAGAGGCGGAACACAAUGCUGGACCAGCGCAUCGUGCCGACAACAGACACGUACACCAAGGAGGAGAAGAAGCUGGCGGACCAGAACCUGCUCAGGUCAAUGCUGAUCAACGGCGUGUUGAUAGCACUAUGGUACCUCUUCUCCAUCUCGAUAUCCGUUUACAACAAGUGGAUGUUCAAGGAGGCCAAGGACGGCGGCGAGGCGACCAACAUCUUCCCCUUUCCACUCUUUACCACAUGUCUGCACAUGAUUGUCCAGUUCUCGCUUGCGUCACUCGUCCUGUUUUGCAUACCCUCCCUCCGACCGCGGCACGACUCCCUCAACCCCCACGCACCGGGCGCCCGUGUCGAGCCUGUAGACCCCAAGAAGCCGCUCAUGACCAAGUGGUUCUACUUUAGCAGAAUCGGGCCGUGUGGUGCAGCGACGGGCAUGGACAUUGGGCUGGGCAAUACGAGCUUGAAGUUCAUCUCGUUGACCUUCUUCACAAUGUGCAAGUCGUCUGCACUCGGCUUCGUCCUUAUAUUUGCGUUCCUCUUUCGCCUCGAGCAGCCCUCAUGGCGCCUUGUAUUUAUCAUAUCCAUAAUGACUGUCGGUGUGAUCAUGAUGGUCGCCGGCGAAACGGCCUUCCACGCGCUCGGCUUCAUCCUCGUCAUGGCCUCGGCUUGCUCGUCUGGCUUCAGAUGGUCGCUGACCCAAAUCCUCCUCCUGCGCAACCCAGCGACCGCGAACCCAUUUUCUUCGAUUUUCUUCCUUGCGCCCGUCAUGUUCGCCAGCUUGAUCGUUCUCGCGGUACCUGUUGAAGGCUUCCCCGCGCUCAGAGAGGGCCUCGCUCGUCUCUUCGAAAUGAAGGGCACAGGCCUCGGCAUCGGCAUCCUCAUUUUCCCCGGUGUCCUCGCCUUUCUCAUGACAUCAUCCGAGUUCGCUCUGCUGAAGCGCACCUCGGUCGUCACACUUAGCAUAUGCGGCAUUUUCAAAGAAGUCGUCACCAUCGGCACAGCAAACCUCGUUUUCGACGACCCCCUCACGCCCGUCAACAUUAGCGGUCUUGUUGUUACUAUUGGAAGCAUUGCAGCAUACAAUUACAUGAAGAUUAAAAAGAUGAGAGAAGAAGCGCGGAUGAAUGCGCAUCUGCAGAACCAGGAGAAUUAUGCGCCGGUCAAUAUGGUGGAUCCGGACCGCGAUCGCAGAGGAAGCAUUGCGCAGCCUCCUACAGGGACGAGGAGCAUGAUCAGGAGUAGUUUGCAGCUCGCGCCUGGUUUGGGAGGAGCAGCGGCGAUUGACAGCCCGUCGAGAGCAAGCCCGAUCAAGAGACCGGAGGACUUGGACUAA